AUGACAAUGACCCAUUCCGUUAUCAAAACUGAUUUUAUCUGGACCAUUUUGUUACCAGCUCAAUACGUCGAAAGGGAAAAUUCCUCUUCCAUUGUAGGCAGAUGUAGGCAACGUGAUUGUCCUCCAAGAAGACCUUUCUUCAACUCGGAAACUUGCAAAUGUGAAUGCAGACCGGAAUUGUUUAAAUGUGCUCCAGGUUACAUUUUCAACGAAAGAAGAUGUCGAUGUGUCGAAAAAAGGAUCUGCAGAAGACGCCAAAAUUGUAGAGGCAACAGAAUUCUCAAUCCUGAAACAUGUCGUUGUGAAUGCGACUUGUCACUCAUAGAUUGCUUUGAAAACUCCAGAGUAAAUCCCAGAACAUGUGAUUGUGAGUUUGUUUGCCCUGAUGUAAAAUGUAUGAGAAAUUUUGUUCUGAACCAAAGAAACUGUAAAUGUGAAUGUGACGCAUCACGAAUGAUCUGUACUGCAGAUUCUUAUCUGGAUCUAAAGACAUGUACAUGUGUGAAACUCACACCACCUUGCCCUCCUCAGAAUUGUGGAAUCAACCCAAAGUUCCAAUGGAAUCCUGAGAGCUGUCAAUGCGAAUGCCCUCCUGAAAAUUGCGGAAUAAAUCCCGUUAUUGUUUGGAAUAAACUGACAUGUCAAUGUGAAUGUCCUCCUAGAAACUGUGGAAUUAAUCCUGACUAUCUCUGGAAUACAGACACUUGUCAAUGUGAGUGUACAAAGAAGUGCGGAGAACCAUCUGUUCUCGAUACCGAAAGAUGUCAAUGCCUCAGUCCUCGUUAA